CCUCUUCUUCGUCCAUCUGCGUCUCUUCAGUCGCGCCUCUGUCCGCAGCAAACCGCACUCGGACAUCUCCCACAAAAAACGUCCCCACAAUUAUACCCGAAACGUCGAGUAAUGCUGUCCUCUAAUGUCCAAAGGGUUUUCACGAGCGUGUAAGAAUCGACGCUGGAGUGGUGAAGAAGAUGAUCUCUGAGCUCAGGGAGGCUGUGCUGCUGCUACGUGGGGGAGUGGGUCCUUACAUCCUGUGGCGUUUCCUGUGUUUGUAAACUAGACGCUCUCGGAAAAUCCUCGGCCGACCUAAGCUCCAAGUUUGAAUGCUAGAUGAGUGAGGUGGGUGUGGCUUCCCACCAGCCUGACCAUCCUGACUGACGGCUCUGUGGAUGACCUUGUCCCCACCCCUGUCCCUGCGCUCACACACACCGUUACCACAGCAAUGUCACAUCUGCCCAGCAGCUCAGUCCGCGACCAUAUGAAAUGGGCCGGUCUGCUCGGCUGUGAAGCUGUGCUCUCCAGUAUGGCCCUGAUGCAGGCCAGCACCAUGGCAGCGCCACCCAAAAAGAUGAUGGCUCCACUCGGACACGCACCGCCACAGAGGGACGGACCUGACCGUGGUCCCCAGAGUCACAUGAUCCUCCCGUCUGGCAUGAGCUGUCCACCCCUGUUGAUCCGGAAGGAAGGUGAAUUCCAAGCUCCGCGCCUACUUGAUGAGAAGGACAUGAGGACCAAUGAGGACCUGCAGCAGAAAAAAAAGAACAGGAAAUCAGUCCCGCCCUGUAAAGUGAGAGAACAAGAGGGAAGGGGAGGGAAGGGUGCAGGUGGAGAUGAAAACGGUCCGUCUUCCAAAGUGCAGAAAAACUUUAUUUGCGACCACUGUUACGGAGCGUUUCGGAGCGGGUACCACCUGAAGAGACACAUCCUCAUUCACACAGGGGAGAAGCCGUAUGCUUGUGCCGUAUGUGACAUGAGGUUUAUUCAGCGUUACCACCUGGAGAGACACAGCCUCAUUCACACGGGGGUGAAGCCGUACGCUUGCUCCAUGUGUGACAUGAGGUUCUUCCAACGUUACCAUCUGGCGAGACACAGCCUCACUCAUACUGGGGUGAAGCCAUACGCUUGCUCCAUUUGUGACAUGAGAUUUUUCCAACGCUACCACUUGGCAAGACACAGUCUCACUCACACCGGGGUGAAGCCAUAUGCUUGCUCCAUGUGUGACAUGAGAUUUUUCCAGAGAUACCACCUGGCGAGACACACGCUCACACAUACGGGGGUGAAGCCGUACGCUUGCUCCAUGUGUGACAUGAGGUUCUUCCAACGUUACCAUUUGGCAAGACACAGCCUCACUCAUACCGGAGUGAAGCCAUAUGCUUGCACCAUGUGUGACAUGAGGUUUAUACAACGUUACCAACUGGAAAGACACAGUCUCACUCACACAGGGGUGAAGCCGUACGCUUGCACCAUGUGUGACAAGAGGUUUUUUCAGCGCUACCACCUGGCGAGACACAGCCUCACUCACAUGGGUGUGAAACCUUAUGCUUGCACCAUGUGUGACAUGAAGUUUUGUCAGCGUUACCACCUGGCGAGACACAGCCUCACUCAUACGGGUGUGAAACCUUAUGCUUGCACCAUAUGCGACAAGAGGUUUUUUCAGCGCUACCACCUGGCAAGACACAGCCUCACUCAUAUGGGUGUGAAACCUUUUGCUUGCACCAUGUGUGACAUGAGGUUUGUUCAGCGCUACCACCUGGCCAGACACAGCCUCACUCAUACCGGUGUGAAACCUUAUGCUUGCACCAUGUGUGACAAGAGGUUUUUUCAGCGUUAUCACCUGGCAAGACACAGCCUCACUCAUUUGGGUGUGAAACCUUUUGCUUGCACCAUGUGCGACAUGAGGUUUGUUCAGCGCUACCACCUGGCGAGACACAGCCUCACUCAUACGGGGGUGAAGCCGUAUGCUUGUUCCAUGUGUGACAUGAGGUUUAUUCAGCGUAACCACCUGGAGAGACACAGCCUCACUCACACGGGGGAGAAGCCGUUUGCGUGCGACAUGUGCGAUAUGAGGUUUAUCCAGCGCUACCACCUGGAGAGACACAAGCGCGUGCACAGCGGCGAGAAGCCUUACCAGUGCGAGCGCUGCCAGCAGAACUUUUCCCGGACAGACCGCCUGCUGCGGCAUCGCCGGCUGUGCCAGGGCCGCGGUGUAGCUAAAGUGGAGACCCAACCGUGUUGUGAACCGCGCCAAUAUGCCCAAGAAGCACCACCCGCCCCUCCCACCUGGAGCCCCAUGCACCCACCUCCGGGUCGCUUGGCCGUCUGACAUUCCAUGUUGGCCGCGUCCAUCGGGCCGCCGGACACAGGACCGGCCAACGGGCGUGGCGCUCGCUCUGGACUGAGCGGCUCCGGUGCAGACUGACCAUGGGGCUUCAGUCUUGGAUUACUAAUAACUGCGGGACAUUUGUUGGUUUUAUUGUAACAGUUUCUUUUCUCCCCACCAUAUUUUUUUAAUGACAAGACUUUUCUGUGAUGAAGAGUGUUCCUGUUUUGUACUUACUCUGUUUUUAUCGUUCCGAUGCAGCCGCGUUUGUUGUUGGUACUCUGUAAUGACAGCAGUCUUUUUUUUUUUCUCUUUUUUUUUUAAAUCGACAUACAGGGACAUAGUUGUGAGGAAAAGCAUUUCAUUGUGUCACUUAAGUCCAAAUAUGGCUUGCGUCAACCAGAUCUUGCCGGCCGCAACAGCUGUGUUUCAGUUAGUGUCACCAUGGCAACGGUAGCUUGACCAGGACUCUAUUGUGAAGCCAUCUGGUUGACCGGCGUUCUUUGCCUCUAAGAGCAUUAGGGGUGUACUGUCUGUAAAUAUUGCUACUAAAUUCACAGUUGGACUUAAGUGGAUUUUUCUUCCUCCCAUUUGGCCAAGAAUUACCUACAUCUAGCAAGCCAAUGGGCGUUAUUGUUAACCAGGACUUCCAUGGAGUAGGUGAUGAGUGGGCAAUCCCAUUCUGGCCACGUGUUGACUCGCCCCUGUUUUGUUGCUUGUAACUCUCAAGUUAAGAGUUCUCUCUUGUGUCAGAAUCCUCUUCUUUUUUUUUUUCUCUCAAUAUUAUUUAGCCUUUUCUCCCCACAAUGUUUUAUUACUGUGUAUCAGAUGUAUUUACAAAGACAAGGCCGCUUUUAUGUCACAGUGGAUGUUUUCAUCCUCCAAACUGUCAUGGUUACAGAAUGUUGGUGACCCCAGUUGAAGGGAGAGUCACCUGAUGUCUAAAACUGAAGCCCGGUCUGGUGAAACCAACACUCUGCUGUGCACUAACCAUUGCCUUUUUAUGCAGAUACUCUGUGCUUGGUGUGUUUUAACAGGUGUAUGUCAUAUCUUUGGGUGUAGCCUUAACAAAGUGCGGAUACAUAAGUAAUCAUUGUAAUACUAAACAUUAUUGUAACAAAGCAUUUUGUUGUACCGGCGCAAGCAGAGAGGCGCCACGGCGGGCGCCGCCGAUCGAUUUCUCAAACUUGACCCUCCGCGAGCUGUUCUCAUCCACGGCGUUGCGAUGAGAGACGCUUGCGUGUACAUAAGACAUCGUUGAGGUUGACUGAAUGUAAGAGGUGCAGUCCCAGAGUGUCUGUAGUUCCUCCGUGAUUGCCCGAAAGAACAUUCAUGUUUUAUGGUCAAUGCAAAUGAACAGUGUGGAUUUCAUUUCGCCGACUGACGGAGGGUCGGGUUCGAGGAAUGUCUCGACAUUCUUCCAGCUGUGCACAGAGCAUGCCGCUGGUGCAUAAGUGACACUUGUUAAAAGGGCAAUACAGUACUUGUCAGUUUAGUUUUGAGUAGGACCGCACAAAAGAACCCUGACGUCUCAAUCGCUUGUUUUUGAACAUGGAGGUUUUAACUUUUCACUCGACUCAAAUGUGGGUCAGAGUUUUAUUUCAAGUACAUUUAUAUUCUUAAAUUGUAAACACUGGAGUGACGUGGGGAAAAAGGCAAACUGAGUGAUGGAUAUUUUUGUUUCCUUCAAACUGUACUCUGUUUUAGAAAAAGCCUCUUUCUCCUCAGAGAAGAUGAACAUUUGGAUCAGUACAGCUGAAAGCCCAUGAUGGUGGUUUGUUUGAAGAAAAAGAUUGCUUCUGAUGCAAAGUCCCUGAUAUUUGUAGUAAAUUAUAUUGAUCAUGGUAUUAGGAGAGCAACGGCAUACUGCUAGCUAUCACAGAUUAGUUGUUUUCUUUAUUAGUCUUGCAUGCAAAGUUAUGGUCCUCAGUUGAAAUAAUAGAAUCUUGAUAUUGAUUAUUUUGUGUAGAAAAAUGAGUGCAUACAAGUAACCUCCUAAAACUGUUACAAUAAUUAUUGUAAAUGGGCUAACUAAUAAUGUACCCUUGUGAUCCAAUUAGUUUCAACCGUAUGGAAAUCGGAGGAGAGGCUUCUUACUAUUAUGCUGAAAUAAAAACAUUUGUUAAGGA